CUACAUGCAAGUGUAUAAACAACCCACAGAAGCGAAAAAGUAAAGAAAUCACAGGAUCUGUCAGUGCUUUGCCCUGUGAAUCGCAGCCAUGGAGGAGUUGUCCGGCUCUGCAAUGGGUUACUCCGGCCAGCCAGCCGUUGCGUCACGUGGCCGCGGUCGCGGUCGUCCGCCAAAGUGGGCCUCUGUGAAACGGGAUUCUCCAGCUGCUGCUGCUUCUGCUGCUGCUGCAGCUGCGGCAUCACCCACGUCCCUGGAGGCUGAUGCGGAUGGCAGCCCCAACGAGUGCCGGCGUAGCUCGCGCAAGAAGAUCAUCAAGUUCGAUGUGCGGGAUUUGCUCAGCAAGAACCGGAAGGCUCACAAAAUCCAAAUUGAGGCACGCAUCGACUCGAAUCCAAAUACCAAUACCAGCAUCCCAACCACGGCUGCAACUGGCUCGGCUCCAGCCUCCGCCGCCGCCACAGCCGCCAGCGGUAAUAGCAAUCGCCUGUUCUCCAUGUUCGAGAGCAGCCACCAGUCCCUGCCGCCACCACCACCGCCGCCGCAUGCCUUGGAGAUCUUUGCCAAGCCCAGACCCACACAAAGUCUGAUCGUGGCCCAGGUUACCAGCGAGCCCAGCGUCAGUCCCGUUCAGACAGUGGCUGCCCUGCCCGUGGUGGCUGUCCGGAAGCGCGGUCGCCCACGGAAAAGUGUACCGCCAGAAAUGGCAGUUGCUGUGGCUGUGGCUGCUACUCCCACCGCUCCCAGCUGCUCGGACUCGGACACCAACUCGAAUUCCACCAGCACCAGCACCUCCACGGGCAGCGGCAGUGGCGGCGAGGCGGCAGCCGGAGCCUUUGCCGGCUUCAAGCGGAAGUCCAAGCUACGCGUCUCGGUGAAGCGUUUGAACUUGUCGCGUCGUCUGGAGUCAUCGGAUUCGGGAGACACGCCGCUAAAUAUCACUGUGGUGGGUGCCUGCACCUCACCGCCGUCGUCUUCCUCGUCAGUGGGGGAUCCCCUAGUGCUGCAGGAUGAGAAUGCCUUGGAUGAGGAGCCGGAAAAGCAACCACUCAAGGAGCUAGCCACAAUUCAUGUGCCGGGGGAUAACUCAGAUUCCGACUCGCAGAUUAUAUUUAUAGAAAUUGAGACGUCGGACACGGGCAAGGAGGAGGAGCACGAAAAGGAGCAGGGACAGGACCAGCAGAAGCCAGAGCAGGAGCUCCUGCCUCCUGCCCAAGUGCAAGAAAUCGAAAUUGAUCUCGAAAAGCAGGAGCCAGAUCUCGAUGAGAUUAUGGUGGAGGUACUGAGUGAGCCACCUAGUCUCUGGUCUGCCGACGAUGAAGAUGAUGAGGAGGGCAGGCCAGCGGCACCGGAAUCCACUGAAUCAUCAUCACCGGCACCGCGGCGCAGCAGGAGAUCAGCCAUGUCGCUGGGAUCCACCAGUCAGGGUAAAACCCUGGAGGAAACCUUUGCCGAGAUAGCCGCUGAGAGCAGCAAGCAAAUCCUAGAAUCAGAGGAGUCACAGGGUCAGGAGGAGGAGGAGGAGGAGGAGCAGCAUGUGCUAAUAGAUCUCAUCGAGGAUGAUAGCCAGAGUGGCCUGGAGGCAGAGGAGGUAGUUCGUGUUAAAGAAGAUGAGCCUCAGAAGGUGGAAGUACUUUCAGAGGCAAAGGAAGUCAAGAAGGAGGAGGAAAUGGGUUCAAGCUCGAAAGUUGCAGCUGCUGCUGAGUUCACACUGAAAGAGGAAGCUACUAAAAGUGAGCCAAUGCCUGGAGAAGAGUCUAAAGCGUCCACUGAGUGGGAACAGCCUCAAAAGGAAGUAAGGAAAGACUCCACCAAAUCCCUGAAAGAAACUAUAACCUCAAAGGAAAAGUUGCUUAUAAAGGAGGAGGAUGUGGUGGAUGUGGAGAUUGUGGAGACGUUAGAGCCUGUGGAGACUGCGGAAGCUGCGGAGAGUGUAGAGCCUGUGGAGACUGUAGCGCCUGUGGAGAAUGAAGCGCCUGUGGAGAAUGAAGCGCCUGUGGAGACUGUAGAGCCUGUGGAGACUGUAGCGCCUGUAGAGACUGUAGCGCCUGUGGAGAAUGAAGCGCCUGUAGAGACUCUGGCGCCUAUGGAGACUGUAGCGCCUGAGGAGACUGUAGCGCCUGUGGAGACUGUAGCGCCUGUGGAGACUGUAGCGCCUGAGGAGACUGUAGCGCCUGUGGAGACUGUAGCGCCUGAGGAGACAGUAGCGCCUGUGGAGACAGUAGCGCCUAUGGAGACUGUGGAGACUUUGGAACCUGUGGUAACCCCAGAACCAGAAGCUCAGUCCAAGCUACAAGUUAAAGAUUUACCACCCGCCUCCAUGAACCCAGAGGAGUCACCACAGCCAGUAGAGGAGGAAUCCCAAGCUACUCAGCUAAUAUUCAAUGAGAGUGAAAAACAAACAAAGCUCGAAGUGGAGCCGACGGCUCAUUUGUCAAAUGAUGAAAAUGAAACCCAAACAACAUCAAAUGAACAGCUUGGAAGGGGUGAGCAGCCUGAGCUAAAGGCUUUAAGCAAGCAAGAGGUUUCCAUAGCAGUAGCAGGAGCAAAACCAGCGGAAAGCGAGGAAACCAAAAAAGGCAGGAAGGAAGAGCAGCAGGAGUCCAAGUUGCCAGAGAGAUUAGCUUCAGCUUCAUCAUCUUCAUCGUCAUCCUCGACUUCUUCGUCUUCGUCGUCGUCGUCGUCGUCUUCAUCGUCGUCGUCUUCUUCGUCCUCGUCUUUGUCUUCCUCCUCAUCAGCCGCGGUAAGCAUGAAAAAGUCCAAGAAAGAAGGCCUGACCAAGAAGCCAACUGGGCCAGAAAGAAAGACCUCGACAUCCGCAGCAGUAAAAGAUCUAAAAGAAGCCAAGAAAACUCAGCCAGGAAUAAAGGAUAAGAGCUCACCUUCCAGAGAACUCACACAGGUCACCUUGAAACAAGAAAAAACUAUGGAAACAGAAGCCAUUUCCAGCAAGUCAAUCAAACCUGUAAAGGUAGUCCCCUCUUCGGGAACCAAAAAAGAAAUGGAACGCGAGAAGUCCUCACCAGAAAAUAUGGUUUUAACCAAGAAGAAAGAUCAACGAAAAUCUCCUACCGAAAAAGAAAUGGAAACGGCUUCAAGGGAUUCACCCAAAAGUGAAGCAAGCGCAAAAAAGCCAUCAAGCGACAGCUCCACGCCCAAUAAAACCAAAGACAAGUUCUUUGUGGAAUGCGAUGCCAUGUUCAAGGCCAUGGAUAAGGCCAAUGCCCAGAUGAGACUGGAGGAGAAGAGCAAGAAAAAGAUUAAGAAAGUGCAGCCAAGCAAGGUGGAAUCCCCUGUGCCGGUAGUCUCCAUCUCCACUUGCACUUCCUCCUCUUCCAACUCCACUUCCACCUCCUCCUCCUCUUCACCCCUAGUUCUACCAAAAAAGUCGCUGGUACACAGAACCACAAGCUGUCGCAGGAAUACCGUCUACGAGGAUUCACCCAAGUUGGAAAGAAGCAGCUCCCCUAGCUCUGAUGCCACCACAACACCACCCACACGGGUCACCACGCCCCUGGGCAAAGCCAAGCGAGCCAAAACUACAACCAAACCAAAUUCCAGGCGCAGCACAAUAUCUGAAGAUUCUCAACCAACAAUUUCCCAAGGAUCCUCCUCCGCGGAUGCCUCUGCAAAACGAAAUCCCUCAAAGAGCAGAGACUCCUCCGAGAUCAAGGAUAAAGCCGACUCUCCCAUACCCACCAAACUGGAACUGCGUCGGAAUACCAUAUGCGAAGAGCGCCAAGCUGAGGCCAGUCCAGCUGUACCGGUGACCAAGCGUCGCUACUCGCUGCAUCCCAAGGCCUCGGCUGAUCUCUUGCCAGACAUCCACAAAUCCGCUGGCAAGAAGCGAGCCAGAAAAAGCAACAAGACUUCGUCACUGAGCCGCCAGGAUUCCCUAGACUCCAGCUCCAGUACCUCUCAAGGACAAGGGAAUAAUCAUAAAAAGAAACUCCUAAUCCUUGAGAACGAAGAGUCCUCGGAGUCCAAUUCUUCGGGGAGCAAGAUUCAGCGUUCGCCUGAGCAAGAAGCACCCGAUACCCUCAAGGAUAUAGCCAAAUUCAUAGAGGAUGGGGUCAAUCUUCUGAAGCGGGAUUACAAGGUGGCCGAUGAGGAGGACGAGUCCCAGCCAGGAAAAGAGGGACAGACGGAGGAGCCGCCUCCACCGACCCUUACCGAGGAGGAUGAGUUUUCGCAGCGAGUGGCCAAUAUGGAGACACCGGAUACCACGCUCUCACCCUCGCCCACGCAAUCCAACUCGGAGGAGACCUGCUCCUCCUCCACCUCCUCCAACAAUGGUGGCGUUCGUCGCUCGCAUCGCAUCAAGCAGAAGCCCCAAGGGCCCAAGGCUAGCCAGGGCAGGGGUGUGACCAGCAUGGCCUUGGCUCCGAUUAGUAUGGAUGAGCAACUGGCCGAGCUGGCCAAUAUCGAGGCCAUCAACGAGCAGUUUCUGCGCAGCGAAGGACUUAAUACCUUUCAGGCUUUGAGGGAGAACUUUUACCGAUGCGCCAGACAGGUGAGCCAAGAGAAUGCCGAGAUGCAGUGCGACUGCUUCCUCACAGGCGACGAGGAGGCCCAGGGACACCUCUGCUGCGGCGCCGGCUGCAUCAACCGAAUGCUAAUGAUCGAGUGCGGCCCCCUGUGCACCAAUGGCGAUCGCUGCACCAACAAACGCUUCCAGCAGCAUCAAUGCUGGCCCUGCCGUGUCUUUCGUACCGAGAAAAAAGGCUGCGGCAUUACAGCCGAACUGCAAAUCCCACCCGGUGAAUUCAUCAUGGAAUAUGUGGGCGAGGUCAUCGAUAGCGAGGAGUUCGAGCGACGGCAACAUCUCUACUCGAAGGAUCGCAAGCGGCACUAUUACUUUAUGGCUUUGCGCGGCGAGGCCAUUAUCGAUGCCACCUCCAAGGGCAACAUUUCGCGGUUCAUCAAUCACAGUUGCGAUCCGAAUGCCGAGACCCAAAAGUGGACCGUUAACGGGGAGCUGCGCAUAGGUUUCUUCAGUGUGAAACCCAUCCAACCUGGCGAGGAGAUCACCUUUGACUAUCAGUAUCAGCGUUAUGGCAAGGAUGCUCAGCGUUGCUAUUGCGAGGCCACCAAUUGCCGGGGCUGGAUAGGCGGCGAACCCGACUCCGAUGAGGGUGAGCAGCUGGAUGCGGACAGCGAUAGUGAAGCAGAGCUGGAGGAGGACUUGGAACUGGAGACGGAAACAGCUGACCAGGAGGCGGGCGAGUCGAGGAAGAUAACCAAAGCCAAAAUGCCCACGAAAAUCAAGGUCAAGCUGCCGGUGGCCAGCAGAAAACGCAAGGAGCAGCAGCCACAGCAGGUCAAGCCCAAGGAUCGGGAAUACAAGGCUGGACGCUGGCUAAAGCCCAGCAGUGCCGCUGCCUCGGGUGAAAAGGCCACCCGUAAGCCCAAGGUCAGCAAGUUCCAUGCCAUGCUCGAGGAUCCCGAUGUCUUGGAGGAGCUCUCCCAGCUUAGUCGCAGUGGUUUGAAGAACCAGGUGGACACCUUACGCUUCUCCCGCUGCAUGGUAAGAGCCAAGCUACUCCAGACCCGCCUCCAACUCCUGGUGGUUCUCACACGCGGGGAAUUGCCCUGCCGCCGGCUGUUCCUGGACUAUCAUGGUCUGAGGCUGCUCCAUGCCUGGAUUAGCGAGAAUGGCAAUGAUCAGCAGCUGAGGGUGGCACUCCUGGAUGCCUUGGAGUCCCUGCCCAUACCCAAUCGCACCAUGCUGAACGACAGUCGGGUUUACCAGAGUGUCCAGCUGUGGAGCAGCAGCCUGGAGCCGCCACCACCCGAGGGAGCAGAGAUGAUGGACCCGGCACAGUCGGAUUUGCACAAGCGCAUGGUGGCUCUGCUCCAGAAAUGGCAGGCUCUCCCAGAGAUCUUCCGCAUACCCAAGCGUGAGCGCAUCGAGCAGAUGAAGGAGCAUGAACGCGAGGCGGAUCGCCAGCAGAAGCUGCAGGGCACUGCUCUGGAGGAUCAACGGGAGCAGCGGGAGAGCACCAGCGAUCGCUACAGACAGGAUCGCUUCCGCAGGGACACCACCAGCAGUAGGACUAGCAGCAAACCCAUACGGAUGAGUGGCAACAAUACCAUUUGCACUAUCACCAACCAAUCGAAGGGCAGCAAUGGAGCCAUGGAUGGUAGUAAUGGUGGCACCAAUACUGGUGGCCAAAUACGAAACGAUAAUCGUCGAAGAUCCGAUCUGGGAGGAUCUUCCACAGAGCCCAGACGCAUAAUAUCCAAGGAGCUAAGGCGGAGUCUGUUUGAGCGCAAGGUGGCCUUGGAUGAGGCGGAGAAGCGGGUUUGCAGCGAGGAUUGGCGGGAGCACGAGCUGCGCUGCGAGUUCUUUGGCCUGGAUCUAAAGGUCGACACCAAGCAGCUGCCGUUCUACCAGAACACCGAGACGGGGGAGUGGUUCAACAACGAGGAUAUGCCCGUGCCGGCACCUCAGCAAGUCCAAGCCAUGGUCUCGCCGGAGGAUGCCGAGGAUGCCCCUUCAAGUGGUCAAGCUGUGGAGUAUAAACUCCCUGCUGGAGUAGAUCCCUUGCCCUCGGCCUGGGAGUGGCGUAGGACGCCCGAUGGUUAUAUCUAUUACUAUCAUCUCCGUGAGCGCAUCUCCCAAUGGGAGCCUCCAAGCGCUGAGCAGCGUCUCCAGACCCUAAUGCUGGAGGAGGACACGGCAGCAGCAGCAGCAGCAACGCAGCAGCCGCUGCAUGAGCUACAAAAUGAACCCGAGCUGCAUGCCACCGAGCUCAUCCAAGUGGACACCGACUAUGUGGGCUCGCUUAGCUCGAAAUCCCUGACCCAAUACAUCGAGGCCAAGGUAAGGGAACGCCGGGAGCUGCGACGCAAUCGCUUGGUCUCCGUCCGUGUGAUCAGUCCCCGGCGGGACGAGGAUCGCCUGUACAACCAGCUGGAGUCGCGCAAAUACAAGGAGAACAAGGAGAAGAUCCGACGCCGCAAAGAGAUCUAUCGCCGGCGCAAGCCAGAUGGCGAGGUGGCAGCUGCAGCUCCUAACCCAGAUGAGUCUUCUGGCAACUCCCUGCCCAUACAGGGUUAUCUCUACUCGUCGGAUGAGGAAGCGGCGGAUAUAACUGCUGCCGUUGUGACUGCUGGCGGAGAGACGCCCCUACUGGUGGGUGGCCUCAAGGUGGACGAAUUGGAUGCACUCAACAUGGAGCCGAGCACCAGCCAGGCUGCCCUGGCGGCUCUGGCCAGUGGCUCGGUGGGAGGCAGCAAGCGCAAGCUGCCGAUGCCGCCCCAUGUGCCGGAGUUGAAGAAGCAACGCUCGGAGAAUCGUCCCAAGAAGAUCAAGAGCACUUUGCCACCUGCUAAGCUAAGGGAGGCCCAGGAGAAGUUCCGCUUCGAUGUCAGCGGCCUGGUGGCCGAGAUUCUACGUCCCUAUCGCAAGGAGAGCUGCAAAGUGGGACGCAUUUGCAGCGAUGAGGAUUACAAGUUUUUGAUUAAGCGGUUGAGCCAACACAUCACUGCCAAGGAGAUGCGUUAUUGUGACGAGUCCGGACAUGCUCUGUCCUGCACGGAAUCUGUAAGACACAAAUCGUAUGAUUUUAUCCAUCAAUACAUGCGUAAGAAGGGCCGCAUCUAUCGGAAGCCAGCAGAGCCAACUCCAAUUUAAAGCUAAAAACAGACGAGCCAUUCCCCAAGAAAUCGUUUUCCACCAACAGAUUCCCUUCGAGGGAAGGAAAACUGCAUGUUGUUUAUACAAUUCCUUCAGAAAUUGUUUUACACCAACAUCCUUUUUUCGUUUUACACCAACAUCCUUAAGAAAUCAUCCUCCGAGGGAUGGAAAACUGCAUGUUUAUACAAUUCCUUCAAAAAUUGUUUUACACCAACAUCCUUUUUUCGUUUUACACCAACAUCCUUUUUUCGUUUUACACCAACAUCCUUUUUUCGUUUUACACCAACAUCCUUUUUUCGUUUUACACCAACAUCCUUUUUCGAUUUACACCAACAUCCUUAAGAAAUCAUUUUUACACCAACACAAUCGCUUCCAAAUCCGUAUGUUAUUUAUAUAAUUCCAAAUCCGCAUGUUGUUUAUACAAUUCCAAAUCCGCAUGUUGUUUACACAAUUGAUAUCCCCAAUAUUAGAAGAUAAGCGUAUCAUCGUGACCUACCCUUCAAGGCGGGGUAGCAUCGAAAGUUAAUACAAAUUUAAGCAACAACAAAAAUACUAAUAAAAUAAUUAGGUUUACGUGACAGUUCCAAACAUGUACAGAUAAUCGUUAAGCAAAAAAAUUACCUAAGUUUAAGUUCAAUCAACUUUGCUAAUAAAAAAUUUGCUAGAAAAAAACUCAAUGGCUAAAUUGGGAAAAAAAUAAUGUUUUCUUUUUAUUCAUUAACCAUUGAAUAAGUUAAAAAGUAGCAGCGCCAAGUACAAGGAUAGGGAUUUGAGGUUGAGUGAUGAACGAUGGCGUUGGGAAGGAGAGACACCCUACUGCUGCUGCUGAUGGCUGCCUGGGGCAGUCUCACCUGCCGCUGGCGUGCGAUUGGCCUCCUCUGGCUUCAUGGCGGGG